GCUCCAAAUCUCCAAAUUCCGUCUCGGAUCAAGCUGUCCUCAAAAUCCUGACCACAACACCAAGAACUCUGUGUCAACAUGGCACAAGUUAUCUCCAACUCCGGUCACGAUGACAUGAUUCACGAUGCAGUCCUCGAUUACUACGGCCGCCGCCUCGCAACCUGCUCCUCAGACCGCACAGUCAAGAUCUUCGAAGUAGAAGGCGAUUCGCACCGGCUGACAGAAACACUCAAAGGACACGAAGGCGCAGUAUGGUGCGUCUCCUGGGCGCACCCCAAGUAUGGCAACAUCCUCGCCAGCGCAGGGUACGACGGGAAAGUCUUCAUCUGGCGGGAAUCCGGCACCACCUGGACGAAAGUCUUCGAUUUCGCCUUACACACGGCCUCCGUAAACAUCAUCUCCUGGUCCCCUCACGAGUCCGGGUGUCUUCUCGCCUGCGCCUCAUCCGAUGGGAACGUCAGCGUCUUAGAAUUCAAGGACAAUAGCAUGGACCAUAAGAUCUUCCACGCGCACGGCAUUGGCGUUAACUCCGUUUCUUGGGCGCCGAGCACGAGUCCUGGGUCUUUGGUGAGCAGUGCGGGGGGUCAGGGAGGAGUGAGGAGAUUCGUGACGGGUGGAAGCGACAACAUGCUGCGCCUAUGGAGUUUCGACCAAGGGUCGCAAGAUUACAAGCAGGAGCGGGACCCUUUGACCGGCCAUACGGACUGGGUGCGCGACGUAGCAUGGUCGCCCACGGUAUUGCAAAAGAGUUACAUCGCGUCCGCGAGCCAGGACAAGACGGUGCGGAUCUGGACGAGCGAUCCGAGCCAGCCUGGGGUGUGGAACAGCAAGGUGAUCCCGUUCGAGGUUGUGCUUUGGAGGGUCAGCUGGAGUCUGAGCGGGAAUGUGUUGGCGGUUAGUUCGGGGGAUAAUAAGGUUACGCUGUGGAAGGAGAAUUUGAGGGGUGAGUGGGAGUGUGUGAAGACUAUUGAGGAAUAGGGAGGCGUUCGAGUUGGGUAGAAAGACAGACCACGGCGUUAAUGGAAAAGCCUGUAAGCUUAGCAUCAGAAUCGCAGAAAACACUCCAAAAAGCCCCGUGCAAGGCGUC